ACAAUGUAGAUACCGACAGAUUUUCUAAGUUAACUAGGGAACACAAUCAUAUUAUUCUCACAAUGACUGAAAUGGAAACAAGACAAAAAGAAGAAAAGAGCUCAACAGGAGACGGAAACGUCAGUCAAUCUCUCCUACCGGAUGGAAGUAAAGAAACGAAAGAACAUUCAAACUCUCAUAAUGAAAGAAGAUUGAUUGAACACCUAAAAGAUCGCUCAGGCUGUAUUUCUGUGUUCUUAUUGAUAUUACUGAUAAUAUCUCUCGUCGUUAACAUUUACCUUGUUUACUUCAUUGGUCAAGAUAAACAGAGUUGCAUUUCUGUUAAAAGCUGUCAAAAUAUAACAAGCCUACAAAAGCUGAUAAUUCUUGAUGAUUACAACUGUUCAAGCACACCAACAGGCAAUGGUACUACAAACGUUGAAAGAAUAUUAAAACUUGAAUUAUUGAAAACAGAGUUAAAAGUAUUAGUGCAACUUCCAACCAACUUUAUUUUACACAAGUUUUCAUAUGACGACGAUCAGGAAAUUGUGGUAUGUAGAAAGGGCAAAAAUCAUUACUACAUUUCUUGUAACAAACCAUAUAACGAUAACUGCACUGUUAUUCAUAAAAGUACAGAGACGAACACUAUAACUACAAUUCAGGAAACAGGUGAUCAAAUGGUGACGUAUGAAAUACCUACCAAUUGCAUUUAUAAAAGAGCUGACCUUGAAUGGAUUCAACCACAAAAGUGCAGGUCGUCAUCGAAACCCAAAAUUUGAAUUUGGAAUAAUAUGAUUUUAACGUAAACAGUGUGGGUUUCGUAUCGUUUUAGCAAAUCUAAUCCAGUUGCUCUUUAUUAAGCUGAUGUAAGGUGAAUUGAUACAGAAAAAUGAACGUACUGAUUAUGUGUAAUUAAGGGAUACCGCCAUCUUCGUUAUCCAAGGGUCAUGAUCCAUUAACCUCCUCUCUACUACCAAAUGCUUACGACCCCC